GAGAGAGAGAAAAGAAAGAGAAGGACGGACGGACGAGCGUUGCAUCGCCUGUAACCCGCCGGCAGACAAAGUAUUUCGCUGACGGCUGAGGAAGAACGCGUUCUUGAUGCCGCGCUACAGGAGUGUGGUGGCGACGUCGUCGACGGCUCGGAUCCCCGAAGACUGGGGUCUGAAGAUUUAAAGGCAAUCGAUGAUGACAGCAUGACACUGCAGAAGCCAACUUUAUACAGUAACAUCAGCAAUUGGUAGUGCCUCGGCAUCGCUAAGGAUGGGCACUUCAAGGGUCACUUUCAAAAUAAAGGGAACUACACUUCCAGGUGAAGUGUUUGCAGUAUGUGGGAAUUCAACUGCGCUUGGCAAUUGGUCGUGUCAGAAAGCCUUGUUUCUCGAUCCCACGGCAGAUGAUGAAAUAACAUGGACUGCAACAGUUAAUCUUCCAAGAGCCAUUCAUUUCAAAUAUCGAUACUUCAAAUGUUAUUUUAUUGAACCCAAGAACCCUGCUGAUCUUCGGCAAGUGCUAGUCAACAAGUGGGAGACUCAUCCUCAUCCACGAUCAUUUAAACCGUCGGGAGAGGAGUGCAUAUUGGAUGAUGGAAACUUUGGGAUCCACAAUGACAUUGAGAAAUUGGAUUCUGGCUGGUUAACAUGCCAAAGUGAAAUUCGCUUGAGGUUGCACUAUUCUGAAAAACCUCCAGUUUCCAUAUCCAAAAAGAAGUUCAAGAAAUCAAGAUUUAGGGUGAAAUUGACAUUGGAGGGAUUUGAAGAAGAGGGUGAAGAAGGUGAAGAUGAUGACAAACCUGUGACUACCUUAGCUGAGAAAAUCGCCAAUACUUUAGAAAUUGCCUUAAUCAGCAACAAUGGAUACAGGUCACGUCACUCUCAGCCAGAAUGUGGCUAUGCCUUGGAACCUGGCCAGUGGACAGAGUAUAGCAUUCAAACUAUGGAGCCAGAUAACCUGGAGCUAAUUUUUGACUUCUUUGAGGAAGAGUUGGGCGUAGCAGUGGUGAAAGGUGACCCACUUCCUGGUCAUGUCGGCUCUGCCUGUCUUCUCUCUUCUACAAUAGUAGACAAAUCCAGUGGACUUAUCACGCUUCCUAUCAUGAGCAGAAAUUCGAGAAAGACUCUUGGGAAAGUAAAAGUUGACUACAUCGUUAUUAAGCCCAUAGAAGGGUUUAUUUGUGAUAUGUCUCCUUCACUGUCCAAGUACUGGAAACCAAGAAUGCCCUUGGAUGUUGGGCACAGGGGUUCCGUAAACUCAACAUCAGCAACCCUCGCAAAGGUCAGAGAAAACACAAUAGCUUCCUUUAAAAAUGCCGCUAGUCACGGUGCUGCCUUUGUAGAAUUCGAUGUACAUCUUUCAAAGGACCACGUUCCAAUUGUAUACCAUGAUCUCACCUGUUGUAUAUCAAUGAAAAAGAAAAUGGACAAAGAAUCUUCAGAAUUAUUUGAAAUUCCAGUAAAGGAGCUUACAUUUGAACAGUUACAAUUAUUAAAGUUGGCUCAUGUGGCUGCUUUGAAGGUGAAUGAUGAUAAAGAAAAUUUGGAUGACGAAAAUGAUGUUUCAGAAAACCAGCCAUUUCCUUCCUUGCAGCAGGUUUUAUUAUGUGUGCCUGAGAAUAUUGGAUACAACAUUGAAAUUAAAUGGCCCUGUCAACAAAAGGAUGGUGUGUGGGAGGGCAACUUGCCAACAUAUAUGGAUAUGAAUAAAGCCAUUGAUAUAAUCUUAAAAUGUACUUUGGAAAAUGCUUCUAAUCGAAGAAUAGUGUUCUCCUCAUUCGUUGCUGAUGUCUGCUCUAUGAUCAGGCAGAAGCAAAACAAGUAUCCAGUUCUUUUCUUGACCCAAGGCUAUACUAAUAGCUAUCCCGAGUUUAUGGAUCUCCGGUGUCGAACCACGCCAAUUGCAAUGAGUUUUGCACAGUCAGAAAACCUUCUGGGAGUCAAUGUUCAUACAGAGGACUUGUUGCGAAAUCCAGAUUAUAUUCAACAAGCUAAAUCAAAAGAUUUGGUCAUUUUUUGCUGGGGUAAUGACACCAAUGAGUCAGAAAAUAGGAGAAUAUUGAAACAGAAAGGAAUUGAUGGCCUAAUCUAUGACAGGAUCUGUGACUUCAUUCUGGGGCAGGCCGAUUUCUUCGAAGUUGAGGAAUUAGAUGAACUGACGCAACAGUUGCCAGACGAAGCCUUUGUCGAUUGCUCUUGUCCUGAUAUCAACCACUUUGCCUGCCAGUCAGUUCCAGAGAGCAACGUCAGUGGAAACUCCUAUCCAAGUGAAAUUAAAAGCAGUGAGCAGGAAAUGUACAGCACAGAAUCGGACUCUGGGCAAAGCUGCAGUUCAUUUUGAUCCCCUCUUCACUUUGUUUCUUCCAUCUUCUGAUGUUACCGAUUUUUUAUUUUCCUUUGAAAAGACAUGAACAAUAAUCUAGAUUCUUUAAUUUUUCACGUCAAUUUGGUUAAAAGAAACAUUUGCUGCAGAUAUGUUUAGAGGGGGAUGCUUAUUAUUUUGUAUAUAUUUUGUGCCAUAUAAAAGUCCAGGAGGGUGAGCAUUUCUGCAUUGGUUCAUUAGGUUAGAGUUCAUAUUGUAGGUUUAUAUUAAUGCUAUUAACUUUUAUUUGGGCAUGGAUUUCACAUAUGCACAUGAUGCUUCAUUUCAGGAAGAAAUCAGUUUCCAUAGAAGGUGACUGAUGGAAAAUGAAGUGAUCUAUUUUACAAUUCAAGAAUACAUGCCUCAUUAUGUAAUAAACACUUACUGUAACAUUUUUAUAAAAUGGAUGGUAGUUGCAUAUGAUUCUUUUGACAUGUUCUGCUCAAAAGAUGUAAAGAAUUAUCGUCUAGGUGUCAAAUGUUAGAUUGAGCUAUUUUUGCUAUGGCGAUUCCUGAUUUCCAAUACUCUUGCAAACAGAAGUCUUAAUGUUAAAUUAUUUGCUUUCAAGUGUCAUGUGCUGACUAUUCUCACUCACUGUACAGUAAAUACUUUCAAUAUUUUAUCUCUAUGUACAAAUGAUCUUGAUCUUGAUACAAUGGAGGAACACAAUUAUGUAAUCUAUGGGUAUAUCAAUUGCAUGAUUGAAAGGAGAUAGUUGAAACUUAAUGGAGGAAAUGCCAAUUGUAGCACAGACACCACAAGUCCUAGCUCUUGAUGGGUACAACUGUGAUUACCCUCCACCAACUGAUAUAUAGUAAAUUUGCUCUUUAAAAAAAUUAUGUUUUGGGAAUUAUAACAAGCAUGUGACUUAUGUCCAUCUAAAUUUAGAAAUGUUAUGGAAUGGAAUCAGAAAUUGAAAUUUGACGUUCCGUUUUAGCAUCUCUGUAUUGAACUGAGAUUCAGCACUCUAUAAUCAUGUGGCCUGAUGCAUGUUGAAUCUUGUAGUCUUGAGUAUAUUGUAGAACUCUUAGUGUGUAUUCUACCAUUGAGUUAAAUUGGAAUUUUGCAAAUCUGAUAAUCUCUAUAUUGUGUAAAUAAAAGUGGUUCUGUAUGACUUCCUGUUACAAUCAAUAUGGGAAGUGAACGGAGAACAAAACUUGAGCAACUUGAUCACCUCAUUUGUUCCAAAAAUUUGAUUUGCACUUUAACUCCUUUUUACCUCUAUUUUGAAAUUAACUAUUGUUGAGUCCUUAUUUAAGUGAAGAUGUCUCUGCAAAUGUUUUUUAACUUGGCAGUUGUCUCUUCCGUUGUGACCCUUCAACAGAGAUGGGGGUUCACUCUUUGCUUAACAUUUAGGGUAUUUGCAGUAUUAUAGUAAUAUAUAACACAAGGAUUAAGGUGCUGUUGUUCUGCAGUAAUUCUGAUCUCCUUUGAAUUGGUUUGGCAUGUGUAAUUGUGUCAAAAGAGCUUUGUAUCUCUCCAGGGUUUCAGCUGGUCAAUAUUGCUCAUACACUGCUUUAAUGUUGAAUAUGUUUAUUGGCCAAGUAUGUACACAUACAAGGAAUUUUAGAAACUGCAUUUUGAUUUAAUAUGACUGUCCAUGUAACCUCUGAAUUGUAUUUUUCAAUAUCUAAGUCAACCGUUACAGUUUAAGAUAACACAACUGAAAUUCAUAACUUGCAUGUGCAAACUCGGGUAAAGAAAUCUAUGACUAUUGCAGAAGUCAAUAUUCAAUCUUGAAGAAAUUAUAAACCUUGUUUCACCAAAUAUGUCUGUGAUCUGGUCAAUUCGACGGACUUUGGGUUGUUUUAUUUUAUUCAGUCUUUUACACGUAUACAUGGUAUGUUACGUUUGAGAUAUUGUGAAAUCUAAAUUGUCUCCAUAGCAAAUUAGGGUUCUUUUGCUUUGAUAAUAGACAAUAGGUGCAGGAGUAGGCCAUUCGGCCCUUAGAGCCAGCACUGCCAUUCAAUGUGAUCAUGGCUGAUCAUCCACAAUCAGUACACCGUUCCUGCCUUCUCUCCAUAUCCCUUAACUCAGCUAUCCCUAAGAGUUCUAUCUAACUCUUUGAAAGCAUCCAGCGACCCAGCCUCCCCGCCCUCUUUCAGUCCUACUCCAAUAGGUCUGAAGAAGGAUCCCAACUCGCCUUUGUCCAUUACCUCCAAAAAUGCUUCCUGACCUGGAUUCCUCCAGCACUUUGAUUUUUUUUUUCCCCCUGUCCCCUAUAUCUCUGCCUCUGGUUUUGUGGUUAAAAUCCCUCCUUAUCUGACUCCCUUUUGUCUCCGUUUCACCCUCUAGCCUUUCUCACUUACUCCACCUCUCUGCCGAUCAUCACUCAUUCCCCCUCCCCCACCUUGCCAAGCUUUGUAUUGCUUCUACCUUUUUUCCAGCUUCCCCCUCACCCCCAUCCACUCCCGUCUGAAGAAGUCCCAACCCGAAACAGCAUCUAUCCAUUCCCUUCUGACCCGUUGAGUUCCUCCAGCACUUUGUGUUUUGCUCAAGUUUCUUGUUUAAUUCGGUUGGGAAUCUUAAUGACUCCUAUAUUCCCUUCCUAAAAGCUUACACUGCUGUCUGCAAUUUUUAUAUGCUUCUUAAAACUUACUAUCCUGAUAUGUGGAUACUGAGGUGAGAUGGGAUGGUGGUGGCUGAUGGAUAGAUGAUUGGCAAAGACCAGAGAUAUUCAGAACCUUGUCUUUUUUUUUGUACAACCUGAAAUGUCACGUAUCCAUGUUCUCCAGAGAUGCUGCCUGACCAGUUGAAUUACUACAGCACUGCCUUUUCUUUGUACGACCCCACCCCUCUCCCAGUCUUCCCCACCCACCACCAUCAGUCCGAUGAAGGGUUCCGAUCUGAAAUGCCAGUUUGCAAACUGACACUCUAAAUUUGGCACUCUUAAAUCUCUGCCACUUGGCCUCCCAGCAAACCCAUCCUGCACUGCCCACUCUGCCCACUUCUGCUAACCCAGAAUAGUCAAAUAAGGGCGCAGCGGUAGAGUUGCUGCCUUGCAGUGCCGGAGACCCUGCUUCGAUCCCGAUUACGAGUGCUCUCUGCAUGGAGUUUGUACGUUCUACCCGUGACCACGUGGAUUUUCUCCGAAAUCUUCAGCUUCGUCCCACACUCCAAAGAUGUGCAGGUUUGUAGGUUAAUUAGCUUAGUAUAAUUGUAAAAUUGUCCCUGGUGCGUGUAGGAUACUGUUAGUGUGCAGGAAUCUCUGGUCAGUGCAGACUCGGUGGGCCAAAGGGGCCUGUUUCCGCACUGUAUCGAAACUAAACCGGGCUGUGAUAAUCCUGAAUUAUAACUCGUUUUUUUUUUCCCCGUGAAAUAAUUUGUGAUGGGUUUGGUGACCCUCAGACUAUCCUCGAUUGGACUUUGCUAGAUUCACCUUGCAAUAAAUGUUAUUCCCUUCUGUUUCUGUACACUGUAAAUGGAUUGAUUGUAAUCGUGUGUUUUGCUGCUGACUGGUUAGCAGGCAACAAAAGCUUUUAACUGUACCUCGAUACACGUGACAAUAAACUAACUAAAGUUAUAGAAGCAGAA